AUGGCUUCCCACAAGCGACAGAUCUCCAAGGCCAAUGGCAAGGAGAUUGAUGUCGAUGUUCUGGUUAUUGGUGCUGGUCCUACCGGUCUCGGUGCUGCCAAGCGUCUUCAUCAGAUUGACGGCCCGUCAUGGAUGAUAGUCGAUGGCAACGACGUUCCUGGCGGUCUGGCUUCCACUGAUGUCACACCCGAGGGAUUCCUCUACGACGUCGGCGGCCAUGUCAUCUUCUCCCACUACAAAUACUUCGACGAUGUCAUCAACGAGGCCCUCCCCAAUGAGUCCGACUGGUACCAGCAUCAACGCAUCUCCUACGUCCGCUACAAGGGCGUGUGGGUCCCUUACCCAUUCCAGAACAACAUCUCCAUGCUGCCCAAGGAAGAUCAGGUGGUGGCGAUGGAGGGGAUGAUUGAUGCGAGCAUGGAGGCGAGAGUGGCCAAUACCAAGCCCAAGAACUUUGACGAAUGGAUUUUGAGGACACAGGGCGAGGGUCUCGCCGACCAGUUCAUGAGGCCGUACAAUUUCAAGGUGUGGGCUGUGCCUACUACGAAGAUGCAAUGCGAAUGGCUCGGCGAGCGUGUAGCAGCACCCAACGUCAAACUCGUAACCAAGAACGUCAUCCUCAACAAAGCCGCCGGCAAUUGGGGUCCCAACGCCACCUUCCGCUUCCCAGCCCACGGCGGCACCGGCAACAUCUGGAUCAACGUCGCCAAGAACCUCCCCAAGGACAAGACCCGCUUCGGCUCGCACGGCCAGGUCCAGCUCGUAGACGGCGAGAACAAGCGACUCCUACUCGGCGACGGCACGACGAUCAACUACAACAAGCUCAUCUCGACCAUGCAGGUCGACAGCCUCGCCGAACUCAUGCGCGACGAGGAGCUCACAAAACUCACCAAAGACCUCUUCUACAGCACCACCCACGUCAUCGGCGUCGGCAUCCGUGGCUCCCGCCCGGAGCGAAUAGGAGACAAAUGCUGGCUCUACUUCCCCGAAGACAACUGCCCCUUCUACCGCGCCACCAUCUUCUCCAACUACUCCCCGCACAACCAACCUGAAGCCAGCACCAAACUCGCCACCAUCCAACUCGCCGACGGCUCCAAACCCACCGACACCGACGCCCACACGGGACCCUACUGGAGCAUCAUGCUCGAAGUCUCGGAAUCGAGCAUGAAACCCGUAGACCAAGAAAACAUGCUCCGCGACUGCAUCGCCGGCCUCGUCAACACGGAAAUGCUGAAACCCUCGGACGAAAUCGUCUCAACCUACCACCGCCGCUUCGACCACGGCUACCCAACCCCGACCCUCGAACGCGACGGCGUCCUCAAACAACUCCUCCCCCAACUCUACGACCAAGGCAUCCUCUCCCGCGGCCGCUUCGGCAGCUGGAAAUACGAAGUCGGGAAUCAGGAUCACAGUUUCAUGCUCGGGGUGGAGGCGGCGGAUCAUGUGGUUAAUGGUGCCGCGGAACUGACGUUGAAUUAUCCCGAUUUUGUCAAUACGAGGGUGAAUGGGGAGAGGAGGCUUGUGGAUGGGGCGCAGUUUUUUAAGAGUAUGAGGGGGAUUAGGGAUGAGGGGAUGCCGUUGAGGCCGAAGGUGGAGGCUUAG